AUGGUAGCCAACCCCCAUGAGCUGGAAGGGCGCGUGUUGUUAGGAGGCACGGCACUGCCUCUUGAGGACCACAUGAGGAUCCACGGAGUGGACGUGGACGGAGAAAUACGCUUCGGCCUGUACUAUCAAACCAUCACUCUACAGGCUUCCCUCCUCGUCUCCGCCCCGCGCAGGGUAGAGUCCUUCCUCAACAGCAGAGGAAUACUCCUGCUGUAUAAGGCACCGAUAAGGCCUUACCUGGAGUACGCUGCCCUGUCAUGGAUGUCUAGUACACCCAUGCAUAUGAGGAAGCCGGACAAAGUUGACCAGAGAGCCAUAUGGCUGGUGCAGGGCAACCACCUCCAGCCGCCAUCACAGGACCUGGCUCUCCUGGAUUCCCUGGAACACCGGCGUGAUGUCGGAGCGCUUGUUGUGUUCCACAAUGUCCAGGUACAGGAAGUACCACUGUGA